CUUUGAAGUCGAUACUUUAUUGUAAACUUCACUUUGUUGGCAUUUACUUUCCUUUAUUAUCUUUGUUUUUAAAAUUUAACAGAAUGAGUGAUCUGAAAAGGCGACCACUGCACAGCGAAUCGCCAAGACCUCUCUCCCAAUUAGAGGAAGAAGUGACCCAAAACAAUACCUUCGUUUUAGAUGGGGCAAACAGUUAUGAAGAAGGCACCUCCUCAGCCGGAGAACAGGAACAUGAUGAGGAAUACAGCGAGACUCUGGAGGAACCUGAAGCAGACAAUCUUUCCACAAGCAUUCCUCCAACUGUUACCCAGAAACUAGGGGGAAAUGGACUUUACUUUUCACUAGCCUUUAUCGUUUGUUUAUCUUGUUUAAUUUUUUUCCAAGUUUGGGGAACAACGUUUUCCAACGAUUCGGAGAAGAAAUGUGCCUUCUCGGAUAUUCGUGAGCUAACGCCCAAACAACCGGAAAAAGUCUGGAAAGCUCUACAAAAAGGAGUUGAGGGAUUAAUAAACAAGAGGGACCAGCAUCCAAGUGUGUUUUUGUUCCUGUACCAGGAUCCAAAGCUCCAGAAUCUGAUCGAUGCGAUUGCGUCCGAAACUUCUAUGUGUUUCGGUGGUCCGCGACAGCUGAUUCAUAUGAGGAAGGACGACUUCGGUUCGGAUACGACGGACCACGGUUUGGCAAUCGAGCGAUUCAAGGAAAAAGUCAAUGAUGGAAAGGUUUUUCUAAUAGUGAACCUUAAUGAAAUUGCUCCAAGCGGUGCACGUGCUCUGCACACAAUAUGCGAUACCUACAGUCCCAUUGUAGAGGAUGUUGUCAUCUUCCUCACACUUCGCACAUUUAACACAACCGCUGUAAGAAACUCUGUACAGCUAGCCACGGAUACCCUGUAUGAUCUGUGGGACACCGAAUUGGGUGAUAAUGAGCUGGAUCCUCUUAUAACUCGUGUUACCGAUCAAGUGCUCUACUUAAGUAGCACAACUUAGACUCUUUCAUAAUCGUAGUUUUCCAUUCGGUCUUCAGAUACUUGGCCAACAAAGCCAUAAAUUGUAAACAUUUUAAAUUUUUAGAAUUUUAUUUUGUGUUAUGUUUGGGGAAAAUAAAGUCCUUAAAGUACGGUA